AUGGCUUAUGUUGAGAUCAAUGAGGAGGAGGGCUUCAUUGAAGCAGAGGGUGAGCCAUGCUUGGGCGCGCCGGCCCCCCCUGGCCGAGGAGCCCCGCUCCGCAAGGUGAGCCAUGCUUGGGCGCGCUGGACCCCCUGGCCAAGGAGCCCCGCUACGCAUUACUUACUCCGCUCCGGGUUUUGCCGCUCCGGCCCAGCAGCCCGUCGGGGGCGCGCUCGGUGCUGGGGCCGCGGCGGCGGCGCGCAGGGCGGGGUCGCGCCUCCUCCCGCGUCUCCUGUUUCAGCCGCUGCUACAGGGGCACCCAAGAUGGAAAUCCAGGGGCUGCUCGCGGCCCAGACCCCGCGCGGGAACCAACAUGGCGGCGGCGGCCGCGGCGGCGCCGCUUGUCCCCGGCUGCCGCCGCCGCCCGCGGCCUCCCGAGCCUGCGGAGGGCCCGGCCCGCCGGCUUCCUCGGCUCCCGCGCGGCGCCGCCUGCUCCUCCGGGGCCCCGAAGAUGGCGGGCCGCUCCUGCGGCGACAGAAGCCGCCGCUGCCGGGGGAGGCCGAGGCCACCUCCGCCGCAGCUGACCUGAGCCUCCCGCUGCUGCUGCUGGAUGAAAAGCCGCCGCCGCCGCUGCCCGGCCCGGCGGGCGACGCGGCCCCCUCGGCCUCCUCCCCGCAGCCACCGCUCCUGGCGCCCGAGGCCGGCGGCGGCGGCGGCAGCGACUCCUUCCUGGUGGUGUUCAACCUGGGGCGGGGAGCCGAGGCGGAGGCCGGCGCCGGGGCCGCCAAGCCCAGGCCCGGGCAGGCGGCGGCGGCCGCGCUCAAGGAAGAGGGCGGCGGCGACGAGGCCAGGGGCGGCGCGAGCCCGGCCCCCCGCGCGCCCGCCCGGCCCCGCGAGCAGCCCCCGGCCGGCCCGGCCGCCGCCUUCUCGGGCACCAUCACCAUCAACAACCAGAACCUCAUCGUGCGCAUUGAGAACGGCUUCCUGACGCUGGCGGCGCCCCUGGGCGCGGAGCCCGGCGUGGCCAAGAGUGGCCCGCAGCCCCUAGGCCCGCCGCCCGAGGAGCCGCCGCCGCCUCCGCAGCCCCCGGGCGCCGCCGGCCCCGCGCUCUGCCCGGCCGACCUAGGCCUGGCCGACCCCGUGGCCAGCUUGCUGGCCGAGCCUGCGGCCAAGGGCCCCGCGCAGCAGCCGCUGCCUCCACCGCCGCCUCCGCCUCCGCCUCCACCGCCACUGCUGCCCCUGGGAGCCGAGAGCGGCGGCGUGGGCGGCGGCGGCCCGGGCGUCGUGCUGGUCUACCACUGCCCCGAGCCCGACUGCCCGCAGACCUUCCCCAAGAAGCACCAGCUGAAGCUGCACCUGCUGUCUCACAGCAGCACGCAGGGCCAGCGGCCCUUCAAGUGCCCGCUGGAUGGCUGCGGCUGGUCCUUCACCACGUCCUACAAGCUCAAGCGGCACCUACAGUCGCACGACAAGCUGCGGCCCUUCAGCUGCCCCGCGGGCGGCUGCGGCAAGAGGUUCACCACGGUCUACAACCUCAAGGCGCACAUGAAGGGCCACGAGCAGGAGAACACGUUCAAGUGCGAGGUGUGCGCCGAACGCUUCCCCACGCACGCCAAGCUCGCCGCGCACCAGCGCAGCCACUUCGAGCCCGAGAGGCCCUACAAGUGCGAGUUCCCCGGUUGUGAGAAGACGUUUAUCACAGUAAGUGCUUUAUUUUCGCAUAAUCGAGCCCACUUCCGAGAACAAGAACUGUUUUCCUGCUCCUUUCCUGGAUGCAACAAGCAGUAUGAUAAAGCCUGUCGCCUGAAGAUCCAUCUGAGGAGUCAUACAGGUGAAAGGCCUUUCAUCUGUGAUUCAGAUGGUUGUGGCUGGUCCUUCACCAGCAUGUCUAAGCUUCUGCGGCACAAAAGGAAACAUGAAGAUGACCGAAGGUUUACAUGUCCAGUAGAAGGCUGUGGUAAAUCAUUUACAAGAGCAGAACAUUUGAAAGGCCAUAGUGUGACCCACUUGGGCACAAAGCCAUUCGAGUGUCCAGUGGAAGGUUGCUGUGCUCGCUUCUCUGCACGAAGCAGUCUGUACAUCCACUCAAAGAAGCACCUUCAGGAUGUGGACGCUCUGAGAAGUCGCUGCCCGGUGUCCAGCUGCAGUAAGCUGUUCACGUCCAAGCACAGCAUGAAGUCUCACAUGGCCAAACAGCAUCACUUUAGUUCAGACCUUUUAAGCCAGCUUGAAGCUACAAGUUUUCUUACACCCAGCAGUGAACUUACCAGCCCAGCACAGAGCGAUCUUAGCAACAUAGACCUCGUGUCUCUCUUCUCUAACGUAUCUAGUAACAAUUCUGCAAUUACAACAGACAUGGCAUUAGUAAACUCUGGAAUUUUGACAAUAGAUGUUGCUUCUGUGAGCUCAACUCUUGGGGGGAACCUUUCUGUUAAUAAUAAUAAUAACUCCUUGGGGCAGGCUGUGGACCCAUUGAUAUUGGUGGCCAGCAGUGACAUGCCUCACAGUCUUGAUAGCUCUCUGUUGCUGGGUACGACCGCCACAGUUUUACAACAAAGCACUUUAAAUUUGGAUGACGUCCAGACUGUAAAUGCAGAAGCACUGGGGUCUCUGGCAUCUCUGUCUGUGAAGAACUCCGGUCAAGAUCUUCCUGCUCUGACAUCUAGCAAUAACUUAACAAUAGAGCCAGCCACACUGACUCCGUCCAGCAGCCUCACUGGGAGCAAUGUUCCUGGACUCCUCACGCCACCCAAAACUGAGCAGGACUUACUUCCUGGCUCAGAUGUUGGUGGACAGCAGGAAGGAAGCAAAGUCGUGACUCAGUUUGUAUUCUCCAACCCAGCAGCAAGCUACAGUGCUCAAAAAGAAAUGGAUCUCCACGCAGUGCCUGGGAGCUCAUUUUUGGAAAGUGGGGGCUCAGCAAGAACUGAUUAUCGAGCCAUUCAGCUAGUCAAGAAAAAAAAAGAGAAAGGGCCGGGAAGCAGCACAGGGUCAUCAGGAUCAACUCAAAGGAAAUUAAAAGGUGGUAAAGUGAGUCCCACUAAUUUCUCCACAAGUCCUAGCAGUCGAUUAUGUGGGAAUAUCGUAGUGCCAAAUGGAGGCUUAACAGUGCGAGAUCCGGCCACCGGAGCUCAGUUUGUUCAGAUUCAGUUAUUGCAGGAUGAUCCCCCUGGCGAUGGAGACUCACCAUUUCAGCUCAGCUCUCAGUCUUCCACAUCACAUUCUCAACUUACUGUGGAUUUACCAGUACAUAUACUUCAGGAGCCACACACUUCAACUGAGGAUGAUGCUGGUUCUGAUAACUCACAGUUCACAGGAAGCACAAUAAACUUACAGGACCUAGAAUGAGACUAUUAAUAUUGCUUUGGGGGUGGGGAGGGAUGCAAAGAGUGCAAUCAUGCUAUGGAAAAUGGAAAAGAUGUUUCCAGAGCUUAAUUUAAUUUAAUUUUUAAAAAAAAAUGUGAAAAAAUAUUGGAGCUAAUGCAGCUUGUUUUUUGGUUCCACACAGAGAAUUUCUUCAAAGGACUCUUGGAUGUAUCAGUAGCUGUUGUUUGCCUUCUGCCUGGACUGUUAGGAAAGGGUCCCUUGGGUUGGGUUAUAUGAAGCUGUCUUGCAAACUAGAAGGGCUAUGAUAAAGCAAGCACUUUGAUCCAGUAACUUACACCACUUUGGUUUGUGAAUCUGCCUUUCCAUUGUUGAACUUGAUCCACAAAUCAUUUGUUGCAUUAAAAAAUGACAACUUUUGAGAGGAGGCAAAGAUUUAGGUCAAUCAGUAAAUAUGAGACUAUCUGUCUCUGAGCGCUUAGACUAGAAGGGAAGAAGAUACGCUGAUGCUGACGCUUCAUCAGCAAGAGGCCUCGCCCCGCACACCUUAAGCCCAUCCGUUAAGCUGUAGGGGAUUGUCAUAUGAUAGAGAGGAGACAAAACCUUACAUCCUUGGAUUAGUCAUUGGAGAGGCAUUCCAUCCAGCUGUCCUUGUCACACAUGUUGGUUGGCUCUUCCCAUUAAGGGAUGCCCUUGGGACAUCCGUGUUCCAAGUACUUGAACUAUGUAGGAUUAAAACUGGGAGUGACCCAAGAGGCUGUCUAGGCCAACCCCUUUAUUUACAGAGGAGGAAACUGAGGCUCAGAGGGUGUCAUAGCAGCAUUCGAACCUAUGUCUUCCUGAUUCCAAGUCCAGCCCCUCUGUCCACUCUGCUGCACUGCCCGUGUUCAACAUGGCAUCCGUUGUGCUGCAGCAUGAGGCCGCCAAGACUGUCAUGAGGAAGUGAAGGUGUGAGCCCCAGUGUCGUGGUGCCAAGGACCUGGGAUUCUGUCUGUGGGCGCUCUCUCCACCAGCGCCCUACCUCAUCUCAGAGCCAUCUGCAUCUCGGGGGGCCAGAGGCGAGAUUCCAAUGUGCGGCAGCACUGGCCGCUCCACUGCACCCCCAGCCCUAGUGUGAGAGGAGGUGUGGGCUUCCAGCUGCAUGACAUCCCUUCAGUACACAUUGGCCUGUUUGGAACAAGAGGAAAAAGCAGGACCGUCAAGUGCACCUGGGGGUGGGCUUCUGGCCAUCCUGGUUUUCAUACCCCACAUAAAAUUGGGCAUAGAGUUUACCUUUUAAAAAAUUAAAUUUUGCUUUUGGGCAUUUACAUUUGUUGGUCACCUGACGGUUUCUGAAGUGUGUCCUGAAUGCCUAUAAAAUUAUGUAUAGGACUUAAUAAUAGUAUGGCUUGUAUACCUUCCUGUUGUGAGGUCUAAAAAUAUGCUUUGUAUAAUAGGUAUAAAUAGUAUUUUUUACAAAGAAAGCCAUGUCAUACAAGGACAUGAGUUUAUAACCUUGCACAUAUUUAUUUGUUAUUUACAGUUAUGGAAUUCACACAGGGUGAUUCAGAAAUGCUUUUUUUUUUCUUGUGCCUUUGGAAGUCUAUGCUUAUGUAAAAAUGCUGUUUUGUUUCUCAGACCUGAAAGGAAUACAGAUUACUCGUACUCUGCA